AUGGACCCCACGCAGACCCAGCUGGUGGUCCGCCCCAAGUUCACCAGGGCGUUUGCGCCCAAGGUGAGGACCGGAUGUCGAACCUGCAAAACGCGCCACAUCAAGUGCGAUGAGGAGAAGCCGGAAUGCCGCCGCUGUAGAACUGCUGGCUUCAAGUGCGACGGCUACGAGCCUGUCCAGCUGGAGAAGAAGCCGAAGCGCAAGCGCAAGGCCAAGCAGCAGGCCGCAGAGGAGCCGACGUCUUCCUCAGCGUCGUCGUCGCUCGUAGGCACCGCUUCUCCAAGCCCGAGUGAAGGCAUACCUCUUCCCCACGACCAUGACUACUUUUUCCACCACUUCCUCCAGUCCGCCCUCCAGGACAUCUGCCUGUCCGACUCGGGGGAGUUCUGGUCGCGCCAAGUCCUGCCCAUGAGCCAUACCGUCGAGCCGAUCAGAUGUGUAGUGCGCGCGUUGGGUGCGGCGCACAGGUUCUUCAUCGCGCAGCACGAGUCCUCCGAGAGCCCAAAGCAGCUGUCGCUGGCGCCGUCGCACUUCGAGACGCUGGCGAUUCGACACUACAAUCAAGCCAUACGGACUGUAGUCUCAUCCCCGGCCUACGAUGCACAGACAUCCCUCAUCUGCUGCAUACUCUUCGUCUGCCUAGAGAACAUGAUGGGUCGGUACGGAGAGGCGAUCAAGCACUUUCAGGCCGGGCUACGCAUCCUCAACGCCGAGCCCUUCCCCCGCAACGAGAGCGGUGCGGGCGGCGAUGCGGUCCGCGAGAUCGCCGAGGUCUUUCACAGCAUUGGUAUGGAGAUUGGCGAUUUUAUCGACAAGUAUUACAUGCCUGAUCCAAAGUUUGUCAUGUCUGACAGCGAAGAUGAGUCGGAUCCUCAGCCGUUUCGGAGCUAUCAGGAAGCUCGCCAAGUUCUCCGAUCGAUCGACUAUAUCUUUGCCGAGUACUGCGAGCUGGAGGACACCCACUUUGGUGAUUGUCUGAAGGAAGCUGAAAAUACAACUCCCGAGGCGCUCAAGGCUCUUUGGCUCAACAGGAAAGACUGCCAGCUGACCAAAAAGAUAUACGACGUGUGGGAUGUCAUGCACUCGCGCUUCCAAGCAUGGAACCACAGCUUCAACGGGUAUGCGGAGAGGGUUCGAAACUCCAAAGUCACAACCUACGAGUGGCAGCAGAUGCUCCUUCUUACCAUACGCCAAGCAAUUUGGCUUGCCAUGCUCGAGGCAGGGAGGGAUUGGGACCAGAACGUCAACCUGGAUCAUUACGACAACGCGCUGCGCUGUGCAGAUCUCUACCUGCAGUCCCUCGGGGCCUCGGGACGCGCUACAUUUGCAUCCGAAGGUGAUUUUGUCUCUUCGCUAUCCCACAUUGCUCUCUUUUGUGAGGAUGCUCCCACAACCCGGCGUGCCAUCAACAUGCUCCGGUCGAUGCGCAGGAGAGAAGGGGUUUGGGACAGCGAAGAGCUGGCAGAGUUGCACGAGGCCAUUGUCGCCCGCACAGAGGCACAGCACUCCAUCGACGAACUCAUCAUGUCUCGCGGAGGGAGACCCGGCAUUGCUCAACUGUUGUCAGGGAUCGGGCAGGUGUCUUUCAGCCCGACCAACGGCAUCGUACUACUCUCCCACUUAUUGCCCCCCACCUCACCAGAUCAGAACGAACUGGCACGCAUGAUUUACGAGUUGUAA